AUGAAUUUCUCUGAAACCCUCAAAAAUCUCAUUGGCGUUAAAUGGCUAGCUGAGUCAUUUUUGUCCAAUUCGAGGGAUCCAGACAUCUUGGAUAUUCAUCCGUUCAAGUUCGGGCAUGAAGGUGAAUGGUACGAAGAUAGACGAAGACUUGGUUUGCAUAUCACACCAGAGUUUACCGAUGCAAUCGAACUAAACAAUCCCUUGGCUUGGAGGUUCAUUGAUGGUACCGAUGAACUCGCGUUGCAAUCCGUUGGACCAAAGUUUGCUUCUAUUAUCCUAUCGAUCAACUCAAAAAAUGAAGUUAUAUUCACCCUCUCGCAUCAAACUUUGGCGAAGUAUGGGCUCGAAACACUGCCAGCUGCUGGUUACGACCCUAUUCCUCCCGAGGCUUCUUAUGUGUUACCUGUCUUGAGAGCGCUCUGCCGAUGGAUGUGGUAUCUUACUUCUAUACCGGACAUCCGACCAUUCGAGAACUUGGUUAGUCUUGAGUUCUACAAGCUUAAUUUCACUGGAGAAUAUACCGACGAAGGAGUCCCAGUACUGGUUCCCGAGGACGAAGACCUCAAUUCUGACGGGAUAGUAGACAUUGUAACCAGCACUGAGGACUACUAUGGGAUCAAGAUCGUGAAUAGAUCAACACUGGACUUAUACGUCUACCUAUUCGACUUUUCUGCUACGGACUUGUCCAUUACGCAAAAGGCCAUCCCUAUCUUGAGCUCAAAGCAACAUAAUCCCACGCUUGCAGGAAAUACAUCCUUAACAAUUGGAUACGGCCACGGAGGACAAUUUCCACUUAUGUUUGAACUCAAUGAGGCUCAAAAGAAUGAUAUCAACUUCUUCAAACUAUUCGUUUCAACCUGUCCCACCGAGCCAGAGUCUCUGACGCAAGGUAGCCCAUUUGAAGGACGUGCGGCAGUAGCAGACAAUAAAGUGAAAGAAAUCUUCGAGAAAAGGGUUCUAUGGGAUGCCUUCACAAUUGCAAUUACACAAAGGCGGUACCCACGAGCACAGCCUGCUACGACUCAACGAUUUGAGGAUAUCCCCGAUACUCUCCCCGCCCAGGAUGAUCAAAGCGAAUGCUAUAUUUCCAAUGGACACACGGAAGAUAGUGAAAUGGAGGAUCCAAAUUUAUUCUGUGCCCAGCUGAGUGGUAAGAUGUCAGUGAAGGAAAUCGUCCUUCUCCUUCGUCAACAUGGCAAACACCCUCUAGCACAUGGGGGAUCUGCUGACGUUUACUACGGGAUUCUACACAGUGGGACGAGGGUUGCCAUCAAACGAUCCCGGGCACAUAUACCUGACAGCAAUGAUGGACGUGCUUGCUUAAAAGCCAUUGCUAAAGAAGGAUACAUGUGGUCGAAGUAUCGGCAUCCGAAUAUAGUGGAAAUUUACGGGAUCGUUCACUUUCGGGGUGCAAUUGCAUUAGUCGCCCCAUGGAUGGAUAAUGGAACGGUAAUGGAAUAUAUAAGCAAACGACCAGAUACGAACCGCUUAAAAUUGUGUAGCGAAAUCGCUUGUGGUUUAUAUUACCUUCACCAAAUGGACACGAUGCAUGGUGAUUUAAAAGGCGUCAAUGUAUUGGUUUCCUAUGACGGAGUGGCCAAACUUCAUGAUUUUGGGACUACGUCUAUGAAACAUUACACCCUCGAGUUUACUGGUGGGACGGGGACACGCAAGUACACGUUACGAUGGGCGGCCCCAGAAGUUUUACUUGACGAGGAUGUAGGCACACCUGCAGAUGUAUAUGCACUUGGUAUGACCAUCCUAGAAGUCAUAACAGGCAGUCCGCCAUUCCACUAUAUAAAUAACGAUCCAGCUGUCAGUGUUGCCGUAUGCAUGGGAGAAAAGCCUCGGCGACCGGAGGCGCACAUACCACAAGAAGGCCCAUAUGGAGAUAAACUAUGGGACUUGCUACAGCGCUGCUGGGAGACAAAACUUCAAGACCGCCCGUCAGCCCAGGAAGCCUUCGACAUAUCUUUCCAAUCCCCAAAGCCUGGUUCUCAACAUGUUAACAAAUCCGACAGAAUUAGCUCAUCUAAUAUCAAAUCGACACCAGAGGCUCAAGAAACUAUUAUCACUAAACCUGUUGGCGCCAAGUCGCCCCUUCACGCUCUCGUGAUUGGUAUUGGCAAAUAUGAAGCUUAUUCCCCCCUCGUCGCGGCCGUCCCGGAUGCUUUGGCUUUCAAGACGUAUCUCACUGAGAAUCUAUGUUUACCUGAGGUACAGAUAACAGUGCUUCUGGACGAGCAAGCCAAGCGCGUAAAUAUAAUUAAAGCUCUUCGCGAUCUCGCUCGACCAGAUAACGGCAUCAAUCGUGAUGAUCCCAUUUUAAUUUACUACGCAGGUCAUGGCGGCGAGGUUGACCCGCCGCCAGACAGGACUAUCAACGGAUCACGAAUCCAAUGUAUUAUUCCUCAGGACACCAGUAAGAACACCGGAGUUGUACCCAUCCCCGACUUUACCAUUGGGGUGUUGAUACACCGUAUCGCCCAGGAGAAAGGCAACAACAUAACCUUAGUAUUGGAUUGCUGUCACUCUGCCAGUGGCACCCGUGAUGAAAUGGACGAUGCUAGAUUUAUCGACAAGGCCUGUCUUCCGGAACUACCAGUGUCAUUAGACAAAGCUAUCAUUCAAGAUGCUCUCUCGGGAUCUCGUGAUAUGGUUGACCCAUCCUCGCUUCGAUUCUCAUUCGAAAGCAUGGACUCUCACGUUCUUCUGGCCGCGUGCGGACAGGGCAAGGUUGCAUUUGAGAACAAACUAGAAAAGCGAGGGUAUUUCUCUAGCGCACUACUGGAGCUACUUUGGGGCGCUAAGAUAGAUAGCCUAACAUAUAGAGGAUGCAUCCAGCGCCUUCCUCCCCUUCGUACUAGGCAACCACAGAACCCGGUUUGCGAAGGUAGAAACAUACACCGCAUAUUUUUUAACGCCAAGGUUCAAGGAGCCGAAUCAUCUUAUAUUCUCGUCAAAUCAAAAGCCGGUCAUCUCUACCUUCAGGCUGGCCUCGUCCAUGGCAUCACCCCUGGUGCUACCUAUGACAUAUAUGCAAGCGACGUACCUGGUCCAUCGAACCCACCUCUCACCACUCUCCAAGUCGACUCCGUGGAACCGUUCGUAUCCCGCCUGAAGGAUGUCAACGUACCGAACCUUCCUGAUUUCUGCUACGGCUGUCGAGUAGGCUACGGUGCCAACCAAGCAUUGGAUGUACACAUCACCCAAAUGUUUAUUGAUGCGGCCGAGCCUGGUGAUGCUUGGGCCAGAUUAUUCAUGGGUGACGAAGACGAUCUUGUGUUGAGGCCUGUUGAGCCAGAGCUGGCUUCAGUGAUUAUAUCUGUGAACUCAAAGAAACAAGCGACGUUUACGCUCAAGAAUCAAGCCUUAACGGAACACGGGCUCGAGACGCUACCUCGUCCCAGCUACUGCCCUAUCCCUCCUAAUGCUCAGCGGGUGGUACCUAUCUUGAAGGCACUUUCCCAUUGGAGCUGGCAUCUUUGUCGCGUGCCCGAGAGCCGACCAUUCAGGGAGACUAUCGACUUCGAGUUCUACAAGCUUCGGUCUGUAGGAGACUAUACUGAAGAGGGAAACCCAGUGCUCAUUCCAGAUGACAACAAUCUCAACGUCGAUGGAGUGGUGGACAUUGUAGCCAACGCUAACGAUUGGUAUGGGAUCAAGAUCGUCAAUAGAUCAUCACGGGACCUCUAUGCAUAUUUACUGGACUUUUCUGGUCAGAGUCUCUCUGUUGGUAAGCGGCCCGCCCAUGUCUCGAGACUGAAGAAGUUUACCCAUAUACCAGAACAAAAGACCACUCCUAGCGUAGGGUCAAAUUCAUCUGAUCCCACACUCCCAAGAAACGUUCCUCUGACGAUUGGGUACGGCUCUGGAGGGCAAGAUCCGCUUAUGUUUGGGGUCUCCGAAGGCCAAGAUAUUGAUAUCAACUUUUUCAAACUAUUCGUUACGACCUCUCCUACCGAUUUCCAAUCCCUGGAACAAGUCAGUCCAUUCGAGGGACGAACCACAGGUCCUGAUAGCAAAGUAAUGCAGCGUUUUGGGAAAAGCGCACAGUGGGAUACUUUUACGAUGGUAAUAAGACAAAGGCGGUAUCCUAAAGAAAGCGUAAUUCGGCCCAACUGUUCCAGGUUAUGGUCGACGAAAUCCGGGCCCACAUCCAAACACUGA